AUGGAAGUCUGCAACUCCACCUUAGAAAGUGGAUUCAUCUUGGUGGGUAUUUUGGAUGACAGUGGUUUUCCAGAGCUGCUCUGUGCCACUAUCACAGCCCUGUACUUUUUAGCCAUGACCAGCAAUGGACUCCUGCUGUUGGUCAUCACCAUGGAUGCCCGGCUCCAUGUCCCCAUGUAUCUUCUGCUCUGGCAGCUCUCUCUCAUGGACCUGCUCCUCACAUCAGUCAUCACUCCAAAGGCCAUACUAGAUUUUCUUCUCAAAGAUAACACUAUCUCAUUUGGGGGUUGUGCCCUUCAGAUGUUUCUGGAACUGACACUUGGUAGUGCAGAGGACCUCCUUUUGGCUUUCAUGGCCUAUGACAGGUAUGUGGCCAUUUGUCAUCCUCUGAACUACGCAAUCCUAAUGAGUCAAAAAGUCUGCUGUCUCAUGAUAGCCACCUCAUGGAUUCUUGCAUCUCUCAGUGCUCUAGGAUAUAGCAUCUAUACCAUGCAGUAUCCUUUCUGCAAGUCCAGGCAGAUCAGACAUCUCUUCUGUGAGAUUCCACCCUUGCUGAAGCUGGCCUGUGCAGACACCUCCACAUAUGAACUCAUGGUUUAUGUAAUGGGUGUGACCUUGCUCAUCCCCCCUCUUGCUGCCAUCCUGGCCUCCUACUCACUAAUUCUAUUCACUGUACUGCACAUGCCCUCUAAUGAGGGCAGGAAGAAAGCCCUUGUCACCUGCUCUUCCCAUCUGACUGUGGUUGGGAUGUGGUAUGGGGGUGCUAUUGUCAUGUAUGUGCUACCCAGUUCCUUCCACAGCCCCAAACAAGACAAUAUCAGCUCAGUAUUUUAUACAAUUUUCACUCCGGCUUUGAAUCCCCUCAUCUACAGCCUAAGGAAUAAGGAGGUCACUGGGGCUUUGAGGAGAGUCCUGGGGAAAAGAUUCACAGUACAGUCUACAUUCUAG